UGCAACUCGAAUAAAGAAUUCGGUGGAAGCAGUGUUAAUUUCAAUCCCGAGAUAUUUAACGAUAUAAAAAUACGUUUACAACGACAACUACGCCAACGAGAGGCCUAUAUACAGUAUGUCUAAGACUAUUUCACUCCAAAUAUAUAUAUGACUUUGGAGGACUAAAAUCGAUGUCAAACAACGAAACAACACACCUUGGGAUCACAAAGGCCUCCAAUAGAAUUCAACAAAGUCAUGUGAAGGACGAGUGUAUGAACAGCAUUUGAAUUGCAAAGAAACCGAUGUUCGAAACAAGUUCGUGGAGGUCACAGAAAUGUAUGUACAUUCCAGUUCGGGUAUUAAAAGAUCAGACGGAGUGGUUCUCUAGUUGAGUCAAGUAAACUAACAUAACAAUUAAAGUGCUUCGGAAUAAAGCCGAAAUGUUGAAACGGGAAAGAGAACAUUUUAGUUUAUUUUCAACCUGCAAACCGUUAAAAGACCUCUCCAAGCGGCUCCUACAUGCGAUACAAAUUGAUGAAACUUUCGAAGUGACCUCUAUUCUACGGGCAAAUAAAGAAUUGGCAAAAGGAAUUAUUCUAACAUUCGUGUACAUCCACAACUUUGGCGAUGGUACGGCGCUACAUGCCGCAGCUUAUCUCGGACACAAGGAUAUAGUAAGAAUAUUUCUUAAAUUAGAAAUUGACGUGAACACAAGGGACACGAGGAAUAGGAUUGCCUUGCACGCAGCGUCCGUCGGAGGACUUGUUACAAUGGUUGACUAUCUUAUAAAGGAAAACAGUGAAAUAGACUCUCGGGACAGGUGGGGCCAAACGCCAUUACACAAAGCUUGCAGCCAUGGGUUCACAGAAGUGGCUUUACUGUUGAUUAAGAAAGGUGCUCAUCCCGAUUCCACAGACAAUUAUGGCAGGACUCCUUUAGAUUUAGCUGUUUUAAUGAAUAAUUAUAACACAGUAGAAACCCUUACAAAAAAGUUUAGACAUAACUCAAAGGAAAAGAAGAGCGACUCAAAGAAAAAGAAGGGCGACUCAAAACAGAGAAAAAGUGACUCAAACGAGACUAAGAGUGAUUCAAAUGGUAAACAGACGGACCAAAACAAGAAAAAUGGCGACCACUCGCAGGAAAGUUCAGUUUAGAAAUUCAAUUGCCUUAGUAAUAGGGGUCGGGGGUUUAGCCAAAAAAUCUUAAAAUAUCAUGCAGUUUUUUACCAGUUUUUCUACCAGUUUUCACCAGUUUUUCUACCAGUUUUUCACUUAUCAAUUGAUUUUAGCAAUUUUUGGGCCAAAAUUGUCAAAAAGGAAACCCCUGGAAAUUUUUGAAAAGAAGCUGGCUACAGGCCUGAGUAUAUAAAUCAAGAUUAUCUUAUGAUCGAGUCCUUCAUAAGGUUUUGCAAUAUGUAAAUUCUACACAAAGUGAUAAAAUGUGUCAGUUAAUUGUGAGAGCUUAAUGCUAUGAGUACUUUAUAGUGCAAUUGCGAUAGGUACUACAUGGGUAAAGACUUAAAUAAUAUGAACUGCGUACUUGUGUUUAAAAUAUGCAUAAAAUUAUACAAUAUUAUGUGUGGAAAGUAAGUAGUAGUCUUCAAUGUGAACAACACAACACUUAAAACACUGUCAGGUAAAAAAUAUGCAAAAUUUCAUGAGCAAUUAAACUCAUGGACAUUUUCUCCAAUUAUGAUGUACUAUGAUGCAAUAAGUCAUACAAUACGUAUGUAUGCACUGUAUUAACUAGUUAACUAUACAAUGUACAGAUGUUACAAAACAAAAUUCUAAAACCACUGCAUACGAUUAUUCAACAUGUACUGAAUAAAAGUUUACAAUAUGUAAUAUGUACACACUGUGUAAUACACAACACUAUAAAAA